AUGCUGACCAUUUUUCAAAUACUGCUCUUGCUCAACAUGGGACGAUGCACAGAUUGUCACACCUUUGAGAUGAAGACUGUUGCUGUCGCGCAAAAUGUGACUCUUACAUGUGCCCGCCAGAGGUUGUCUGGUACCUUCUUAUUCUGGUUCAGGCUUGUUUCUGGAACCUUUCCUGAAACUUUAGGAGGAACGAUUUCAGCUGAUUUAGGGGUUCGUGUGGAGAGUCGUUGCAUUACAGCAAAACAAGAGCCUGGCACAUUUGUUCUGCAUAUUAAUGAAACACAGCUAAGUGAUACUGCAGUCUACUACUGCAUUCAUGUGAAAGGAAGAAACAUGACAUUUUCUAAAGGAAUAUUCCUGAGAGUCAAAGGACCAGAACCUGAUAUCACUGCCAUCACUCAAGACUUCCAGUCUUAUCCAGUCCUUCCAGGAGACUCAGUGACUCUACAGUGUUCAGUCCUCUCUGACUCUGAGCACAGAACCUGUCCAGGAGGACACAGUGUGUUCUGGUUCAGAGCCGGAUCAGAUGAAACUCCCAGUUUAGUUUAUGCACAAGGAAACAGCAGUGAUGGAUGUGAGAGGAGCCCUGAAGCUCACUCUCCACAGAAAUGUGUCUACAGCUUCUCAAAGAACGUCAGCUCCUCUGAUGCUGGGACUUAUUACUGUGCUGUGGCCACAUGUGGAGAGAUAUUAUUUGGAAACGGAACAAAACUGGACAUUGAAGUUGUCAGCACGUGUGAGCCACAGGACAAUACAGUUCACUUCCUGGUGUGUACUGCUUUGGUUGUAAGUCUGAUUGUUGUAGCCGCCCUUGUUCAUGCAGUUGUGAAAAAAUCCUGUGAUUGCUGCAAAGCUGAUGCAACUCUGCAAAUAAAUGCUGCAACAGCAGGUCGAAAUCAACAAAGUCAGCAGAGAAAUGAGGACUCUUUGGUUUAUUACACCAAACUUUAGCAGGAGGAAAGCCGGCAGAACAGGGAGAAGUCAAAGAAAGGAAGAGACGGUCUACACUGAUGUCAGGCAAUAUGUGAUUGAUAAACAAUCGAGGCAAUGAAUUUACUCCUUCGUGCUAAUGUAAGUUUGUGUCGCUAAAUUAUGAUUUAAUUUCACCUCUGAAGACAUGAUAAUACAUGAUAUAACAAGUUUUUUUUGAUAAGCGGAAAAAAAAAGUUUAUAUGCA